GGGGUCAGCGGAUGUUGAACCUCAUAGUGCAAAGUGGUUGCAGACUUCAAUUGCUACAGAGCUCCAAACUUGAUAUGACCUUCAGAUUAGUCCAAGUACAGAACGCAGAGAACUUGGAAUGGGUUUCCAUGGCCGAGCAGCUGCAUCCAAGCCACACAUCACCAAGCGCAAUGCAAUGCCCCAAAACAGUGGGGGGAGGGGCCAUGCAACACACGAUGAGUGACAUUCCUCUUGGUGAUGUCACUCUUGGUGAUGUCACACAUGAUGAGGGACAUUACCAAGUGUGACAUCAUCAUCGAGAGGACUUUGCCUGGGCAUGUCUCCGCCCAGGCCUUUGAUCUUCAUGGGGGAAAGGCUUAGAGUAUGAUGUCACACAUGUUUUUGCCUUAUAGGACCCUCAACUAAUUCUGUUUCAUUGCCCGUUUGGUUCCUACCAGAGAGCAUACGUUCUGUUCCCCAGCUACGAAAACCUUGCAAUCUCGUCAGGUACCUUCGAGCUACUGAGGAACACGCAGUUUUUUUCUACGUUACAAAAACUGCAUCUACAUUCUUUAUCAUCCACGAGAACAUUUUAAAGAUUUUCUUAGUUAUCCUGAAAAUCAAUAUUUAAAAUGUUCCCUCGCCAUUUUGGAAAUUCUGGUGUUGAGGAGAGCUGCCUCACACAGAACCUUUCCAAACUUCAGAAAAGAGUCCAGGAAAACGUCUUGCUGACCAACCAGCUGCAAACCCUCGCCGCUGAGCUGGAAGGCAAGAAAAAUCUGAGAGAGACCUUCUCUGGACUCUGCCAGGCAAAGAAAUCGGCCGCCACACUUACAAAGAAGCUGGAAAAGGACUUGCAACGUGUCAACAAGAAAAUCCAGGAGCAAAAACCCCUGGAGGACCGUUGCAAGAACCAACAGGAAAAAGUCAACCUCCUGACAGAGACCAACACCACCCUCAAAGAAACUCUAAAGGAACUCCAGGCCAGAGUUCGGGAUACUAAAGAGUUAUCCACCGAGUUAAUCCAAGUCAAACUCACCGCCAAAGCUCUCAGUCAGGAGAACAGUGAGCUACUGAAAGAGGUUCACAGGGUCCAAACCACCCUUGUGGCCCUUGAACCUCUGGAACUUCAGCUCAAAGACGAGAAGAAUCGCCUCCAAACACUGCAGGACAAAAACACUGCCCUCCAGAACCAGCUCAAAGACCUCCAAAGCCAUCGUGAGGAGGAGGCAGCAACAAAACAACGUCACGCCUCCAUCCUCAUCCAAACCAAGUCUCUGGAAGAGGAGAACUCUAGCCUUGAUACUGAAAUUAUCCAGCUCACUGUGCAGUGUGAGGAGGCAAAACUUUGGGUUCAGCAGCACCAGGACAUUACCAUCAACCUUAAUGGACUGAGACAAAACAACGCUGAACUCUUGAAAACACUGGAAAAUCUGAAAAAAGAGCAGGAACAACUUAUCCAGUCAGAACAAGAAUACCUUCAAGCCAAAUCAUACAUUCUAACGUUGAAACAAGAAAAUGAACGUUUCACCAAAGAAGUCAAAGACCAUCAGGAGAACCUCAAAAAUCUCCAAGAUUUAAAAGAAACAUUUGCUGCAUUGAAAGCUGAACAACAAACGGUCUCAACCCAAAACAGAGUCCUCACCUCGGAGUUCUCAACUCUAAAAGUAAAGCUACACAAGGAAAGGGCACGCAUCCGCAAAAACCUUGGUGUGUCUCCAGAUGAGUUGGAACAGAAGUACAAAGAAGAAUCGGAUUUGUUCCAGUCUCUGCAGAAAGAAAAUGCCAACCUGAAAGAAAAGUUGACAGAGCUGGAGAAAAAGAAUGAGAAAGACUCUGACAUGAUGCUUCAGUAUUCCUCUUUGCAGGCUGAGAAAAAGGCUGUGGAGAGUGAAUACAAAACAAUAAAGCAGCAGAUCAGAGUUCUUUCACAGCAAUGUGAGGACUUCAGGCCAAUGACGGAAAAAUUCAAUGAAACCACAGAGUCCAUCAGCAAAGUCCAAGAAAUCAAUAAAUCCCUUUUGGAGGAACGCACAAAUCUGGAAAUCAUGAAAGAACAAUUAGAAGGAUUGGCCACAGAAUAUCCACAAAUGGAGACCAGCAUUGCAGAAUUGAAGAAACAAAAUUUUAACCUCACCAAAGAUUUAGAAAAGAUCAAUUCAGAAAUUCUGGGCCAAAAACACCUGGAGGUCAAAUAUGAAGCUGCAAAAAACGAACACGAAGCACUUCUGGCUGAAAAUGCAGUUCUAAAAGCCAAAGCCUCAAAGUCUGCACAAGAACCACAAAACGCUGCUUUGAGGCGCCCUCUUCGGACUCCAGCCAGAGCUGCUCCAGGAGAGCUUCCUGCUCUAAACCAACCAAGUCAGCCUGUGUUGGAGGAAACCUCUGAAAUCACACAAAGAACUAGCAGGUUCCAACAAUACAGAGCUGCACUUGAACAGCAUCAGGGUGCCUUACCAAAAAGGGUUCCUGGUUCCCGACGGGUCUAGGACCUUAAGAAGCUAAAUUUAGGCAACCCUGAAUAAAAAAAAAAA